UGGUCUCCCCUACUACUGGAACGUGGAGACAGAUCUCGUGUCCUGGUUAUCACCCAACGACCCCAACUCUGUCAUCACCAAACCCGCCAAGAGGCUCAAGGAACCCCCCGAGAGGGGCCCUGAGAAAGAGGAGCCCCCAAGGGAGAGAAGAUUCCACCGACGCGAGGAGCUGGCGCCGUACCCCAAGAGCAAGAAAGGGAGUCGUAAAGAUGAGGAGUUAGACCCCAUGGACCCCAGUGCCUACUCAGAUGCACCAAG